UUAAGGAGUCGUGGAAUGGUUGGGUUGGAAAGUCCAUCCCACCCCUUCCAUGGGGUGUUCAUCCCGCCCUUCCACUGCCCCAGGGUGCUCCAAGCCCUGUCCAGCCUGGCCUUGGGCACCUCAAGGAUCCAGGGGCAGCCACAGCUUCUGUGGGCACCCUGCGCCAGGGCCUGCCCACCCUCCCAGAGAAUUCCUUCCCAAUCUCCCAUCCAUCCCUGCCCUUGGGAAGCCAAGAAAAACCUUGGAGUUUUGUUCCCAUCCCUACGGCUCUGCCAGGGCCCUAAGUCACGAGCAGCUGCUCCCCCCAAAUCCUGCUUUACCCCUGGAGCUCAUCCCAAAACGUGUGCCGGGGCAGGCUGGUGGCACGGAAGCGCUUUUGGCUGCUGUGGAAAACGCACAUUGCAUGGCUCUCCGCAGAUAGUUACCUCAUUGUGAAGGCAAAAAAAAUGAACCGUGAUACAAGUGUACCGAAUGUCUGGCUGUCGCUGUCAGGUUACUGGUUAUUUAGAUGACUGCACCUGUGAUGUAGAAACCAUCGAUGCCUUCAACAACUACAAACUUUUUCCUAGACUGAAUGAACUCCUGGAAAGUGACUAUUUUAGAUACUACAAGGUAAACCUACAAAAACCUUGUCCCUUUUGGGAGGACAGCAGUCACUGUGGAAUGAGAGACUGUGCUGUUCAGCCCUGCCCCUCUGAUGAAGUCCCUGAUGGAAUCAGAGCUGGAAGUUACAAGUACUCAGAAGAGGCCAACAACCUGGCUGAGGAAUGUGAAGAAGCCAAGAGGCUCGGAGCUGUUGAUGACUCUUUGAGCAAGGAAACACGGCAGGCAGUGCUGCAGUGGGCACAGCACGACGACUCCUCGGACAGCUUCUGUGAGGCCGAUGACAUCCAUUCUCCUGAUGCUGAGUACGUGGAUUUGCUCCUGAACCCAGAACGUUACACUGGCUACAAGGGGCCGGAUGCCUGGAAAAUUUGGAACAGUAUUUAUGAAGAAAACUGCUUCAAGCCUCAGAAUGUAAAAAGACCUUUGGCAUCUGGCAGAGGAGAUGACGGAGGGCACACGUUUUACAAGUGGCUCAAAGGGGUCUGUGUGGAGAAAAGAGCUUUCUACAGGCUCAUCUCUGGCCUCCACGCCAGCAUCAACAUCCACCUGAGUGCCAGGUACCUCCUGCAAGAUUCGUGGUCGGAGAAGAAAUGGGGCCCCAACGUCACGGAGUUCCAGCAGAGGUUUGAUGAAGUCCUCACCAGUGGGGAAGGGCCCAGAAGACUCAAAAACCUCUAUUUUCUCUACCUGAUUGAGCUGAGGGCCCUCUCCAAAGUGCUGCCCUUCUUUGAGCGCCCGGGUUUCCAGCUGUACACCGGGAAUAAAAGCCAGGAUGCAGAGAUGAAACACCUGCUGCUGGAAAUUCUCCAUCUGGCCAAGUCCUUCCCGUUGCAUUUCAAUGAAAACUCCUUCUUUGCAGGGAAUAAAAAGGAAGCUGCUAAACUGAAGGAGGAAUUUAGGCUGCACUUUAAGAAUAUUUCCAAGAUCAUGGACUGUGUUGGCUGCUUCAAGUGUCGGCUGUGGGGGAAGCUGCAGACACAGGGCUUGGGCACAGCGCUGAAGAUCCUCUUCUCAGAGAACCUCAUCGAGAAGAUUCCUGAGAGUGGCCCUUCCUAUGGAUUCCAGCUGACCAGACAAGAAAUUGUGGCCUUAUUUAAUGCCUUUGGAAGGGUUUCAACCAGCGUGAAAGAACUGGAAAACUUUAGGAAUAUCUUAAAAAACAUGAGAUGAAUUCAGUGGAGAAAGAUUUGAGGACAAACACCAUCAUUCCACCACUCUGACUUAAAAACAUGGAAACCACUUGCUGGGCCUCUUGUCCCAUAAUUGUCUGUAACCUGCUGAGGAGAUAUUUUGUACAAGGGGGAAAAAAAAAGCUAUUUUUUUUUUUAUAAAAGUGGGGGCUAUAUGUAAAUUUUAUUUUAUAUAUUAGAAGAUCAUUUGGAAUAACUCUUUGAAAUAUUGCUGUGCUGUUUGGAUGGAUCAGACCCAUGGCCUUGCCUUUGGAAGCUGGAGGUAGGGCAAGAACUGUGCCAUUGAAUAAAUUUGGGGGAAAUUC